UUUGGUGUAUCUUUGACUUGCUCAGUGUCUGUAACCCAGGCAGAUCUCUCAGGUCAUUAGGUGCAGAACUUGUAACUGUCCCCAGAAUUAGAUCCAAGUGUGCUGACGGUGUUUUAAGUUCCUGUGGACCUGUUCAUUGGAACAAGCUCACAGGCCUAUACUCAAUAGCUGAGUGCGUAACUUGUAUUUUAGCUCUUUGUGAAGUUUUUUCCUCCUUUUUUUUGUUGCUGUUUUCAUUAUAAACCUACACAGAUGUUUUGAUCUUCUGCGUUCAGUGCAUUGAAUUGAAGUAUAAUGAAAUGUGCUCUAUAAAAAAAUUCCAUUGCCAUUAUAUACGUCACAGUACUUGGAGGAACAUGUUGUUUUGCUAACAUAGCAAUAUUGUAAAGGUGUUAUUUUUCUAUAAAUUGUUUGACAUAUUAACAUUACACUGUCAUAGUCCUGUUUUCGUGCACGUGCCUUAAGAAUUCAGUUAUUUAGUGCAAAUGAACAUCAUUGUUAAACAAAAAGGUAAAAUUUGAAUUUGAAUGUACUGAUAAGCCCCCUUUUUCUUGUUUUUGAGACAGUAAAACAUGGACAUCAAAUCUGAAGCAACUUCCUUACGUAGAAUUCCCUUUUUAAUCAGAAUGAUUGUAGUCAGAAAAAAAAUUAAUAGUAUAAUGUUAAGCUUACUGAUAACACUCGGUCUUAAUUAUUUCUAACAAUCAUCAGAAGCAGAAUAAUUUAGCUAUGAAAGUCAGUAUUUUAGAAUGAUUAGAUUUGACCUAUUACCUUUGACCUCAGCAUGUUAUCAGGAGUGUCUUGUGAGCCCUCUGCUUCCUGCGGAAAAGUUUCCAACUUGCUUAUAAUGAUUGGUUUCUGCUCCUGUCCUUACAACCUACCUUGACUUCUAAUGACAGUCUAAUUUGUAAUUAGAAGUGGACAUUAGGUGGACAUUAAAAGACUUUCCAGAAACUAUUCUGAGCUUUGGUUGACUUGGAGGUACAUUGGGGAUCAUUGUGGUCCCCACUUCUUAAAACCAGUGCUAAUACUAAUUCCCAUUUGACUGCCAUUCCAUUUUUAAUGUCCACAUGAUGUUGCCAGUUGUGUCUCUUGGAACUUAAAAUUUCUUUUGAAACCUCUUAAUCAUGACUUAUUGUUAGUUUAGUGUAAGGAAAUAAUUACUUGUCUUUUAUAGCUUUGCCAUGUUCGCUUCUUGGCUGUAAAGGCAGGAACUGCAUCUGUAUCGCAGCUGAAGCUUAUUUGGGGUUGUUACAGAGUUCACAAAAGUUUAAAACUAAAAGUUGUUUUUGUUUGUUUGCUUUGUUUUUGCAACCACUUUGGUAGUCUUGUGUUGAAGUAGGUGAUUUUUGGGAGUAGGUGAUUUAUUUGUGUUGUGCAUUAAUAUUAUAUUAUUGUGUAUAAUGCAGAUAUAAACAUUUGAAGAGAGACAAUAACAUUUGAGUUUGGCCUUCUUUUCUGAAUUUGAGUUGUCCCCUGUUGAGUAGUAGUAAUAAUGAUAAUGACAAAAAUAAUGAUAAUUAAGAACUAAUAAUAAUUAAGAAAGGUUAUAAUUAUAGCCUUUUCUUUAUACAUGCAGAUUUUAAACCCAUAUUUAACACCUGGUUUAACUUGUGUAAAGUGUUGUGCAUUACAUCUAUCGGCCUAUUGAAAUCUAAAGCUAUGGUGGGGGUAGCUGUUUAUUCUUUUUUUAUUUUUUCCCUGUGUGGAUUGCUCCAAGAUUAAUAAUAGAAAUAUUUCCUGUAAGCUGUACUAAAACAUGUGGUUAUUGUUUUCCUUACAGCAGCGCUUUACUUAAAAAUGCUGUGUACUGGGAUCUAGAAAGAGACUGGGCAGAUUCUUGCUGCCUGAUUGCCUGUGUUUGUGGGGGAAUGAGAGAUCUUAAAAGUCAAAUUCACAAGUUCUGUGUUACAAUGAAUGUUUCUAAUUUUAGCAGUGUGAAACAUCAUGUUUAAGUCUUGGGGUGAUUAUGAGAAACACUGGCACCAAGGAGAAAAAAAAAAAACGGGGAGGAGUGGGAGGGUGGUUGAAGGAGGGCAGCCUCGUGUCUUUGCAGCUGAUCAUUGGUUGGAACCACUGGGAAGGGGGUGGUGCCUCAGUGCCACUGUUUCUGUAGAGAGAGGCAGAGAGAGCGAGGACUGUGAGAAAGAGACAGCAAAGGAGGAUAAAUGAACACUGGGGGUUCUCCCAGCAUCGGUAUGCCUGCCUGCCUGCCUGAUUUCCACUACAGACAAAGGUGAUGCCCUUCCCAAUAGAAAUAACAACUGAGGUGGGCGUGCGUGCAUUUUGAAUACCAGUCACCUCGCACACCUUCUUCAACCUCACAGCUCAAGGCAUUCUGCUGUGAUCUUUCUGCGAAGGACUAGACAAAAACUGAGGCAAGAGCAAGCAGAGAGGCGGAAACGGCAGCAAGAAAUCAGAGCUGGAGGAUAAGAAACGGGGGGGAAGAGGAAAGACAAGCAAGUUAAUGGACUGAAUAAAAAUGAUGCUUAAUCUUUCGUGUAAAUUAUGUAUGCAGCACAUUAAACAAUAAUGUCUCCUCACUGGAAGCUGUGUCUGUGACUCUGUGGACUGUAGGCAGAAAAGAGAGAGAUUCAGUCUGGGAUUUCUGCAGCUGCAGCAGAUGUUGAUGACAUCUCAGACUUUAUAGGGAAGGGAGGCAUUUCAAGCAAGUCGGACUGGAAUUCCUUAAAAGUCAAAUUUUUGUCUCUUUGCUCUUCUUUGUGCCUUCACCUGGAAAUUUUGCAGUACCGAAACAGGAAAAAGAAAAGGACCCGUAUUACAUCAUUUGGAAACCUUAACAGCCUGCUCUGAAGACAAUUCCUGGGGAGUUUCUCACCUUUUUAUGGUCUUUCAGUCUUUCAUUCAUUUGAAAUGAUAAACGCCAGCAGUGUCAUUAUGGAGCACUGCAUUUGGACUGAAAACAUACAGCUUCUCUGAGCUCUACCCAGCGACCGGGCAAAGUAGUGGCUUCUAGGAUUUACUGUAUCCUUGAAGAGCCCUUCGGACAGAUAUUUCUGCCCAAGAUGAUGAAUUCCUCGCUGGAUCCACUGAACCAGAGCUCUGCUGACUUGUCAAACUCAUCUGCUCCCUUUUGCUUACUUGAGAUAGGCUAUUCCCAGAUUUUCACGACCUGCCUCCUUGAAGUUUCGAUCAUACUUCUCCUGACUGUUCUCAUUAUUUCUGGUAACCUGGUGGUGAUUUUCGUGUUUCACUGUGCCCCUCUGCUCAGCCAGCACACCACCAGUGCUUUCAUCCAGACUAUGGCAUAUGCCGAUCUGCUGGUGGGAGUCAGCUGCCUUUUCCCCUCCCUGUCCCUACUCCAUCAUCUUCAGAGCUUCGAUCCCAAACUCACCUGUCAGGUGUUUGGGUACAUGGUGUCUGUUUUAAAGUCAGUUUCAAUGGCGUCUUUAGCAUGCGUGAGUGUAGACCGCUACAUCGCCAUCACACGGCCUCUGACUUAUGCAUCCCUAGUGACACCUUGUCGAGUGCGCUGCUGUAUUGUGUUGAUAUGGCUUUACUCUGCUCUGGUGUUUCUCCCAUCUUUUCUUGGAUGGGGGAAACCUGGUUAUCAUGGCGACGUUGUGGAGUGGUGCGCAGUCGAAUGGAGGACAAGUCGGGCUUUCACAACCUUCAUUGUUGCGCUGCUCUACGCUCCAGCUGCUUUAACUGUCUGUUUCACCUACGCCAACAUCUUCAAGAUCUGCCGACAGCACACCCGGGAGAUCAGCGAGCGCCAUGCACGUUAUGGACCUCAGCAACUGCAGGGCCCAAGAAUCGCAGUUGGCUCUGUGGUCAAGGACAACAGUAAAGUAGAGCAAGGACAAUUGCCUCACUUGUCCCAACCCCAGUAUCAGCAGUCCACAUCAGCAUACCCAGACAGACGUUAUGCUAUGGUGUUGUUUCGCAUUACUAGUGUGUUUUAUAUCCUCUGGUUGCCCUAUAUCCUCUACUUUCUGUUGGAGAGUGGAGGGAUCUACCACCACCCUGCAGCAUCAUUCCUUACCACAUGGCUGGCUAUUAGUAACAGCUUCUGUAACUGCCUCAUUUACAGCCUCUCCAACUCUGCCUUCAGGAAGGGCCUCAAACGUCUCUGCUCCUUCUGUUUGCAGCGCAGCCGCAGCGACUAUGGGGUUAGGAACACCAAAAAGGCAUUUUUUGGUUCUGCUGAAAAGGGGUGGGGAUAUGGUCACGGGGAGAUGAGAACUGGUACAACAUGUCACGUGUAGGGUAAACACUUUUGCCAAAUUGGCAUUUGGACACGUAGGAAACGGCUGAAGUGAUUGCUGUUAAAAUGCUGCUAAAAUGUGCUGUAAAGAGAUGGAACAAGGCGUUGAAUAGCCUAUGCCGUUUCUGUUGCAUUUCGAGGUUACACAGGCAUCCUCUCUGCACAAGCCACAGCUGGCAAGUAGAAUAAGUCGAGAGUAAAUCUAUGAAAGUUAAAAGAAAGUGGCUCUUCAUGGUGUUUUAAAAUGGUCAAGGACAGGCAUGAUAGGUGGAGGGGGGUUGAAAUAAGGAAAAAAAAGUGCAUGAAAGCCGUAGAUGUAAAGAAACUUGAGGAUGAACAAAAUGUUUAUCUAUCAGUGUUCCUUUUUUAAGUGAAUCCUUAAAUUCUUAUAAGAAAAACCCUUACUGAAAGCUGUGUUGAAAAACGAAAUGUGUCGUUUCUGAAAUAAAGUGAUUUCACUUCAUUUGCCAGAUCAUCGUCACAUAAGUAAUGUUGAAUGAAGCGCAGAAUAGAUGAAUGCAAACAGAACAAGUGACUUCUGUGAUUAAGGAUCAAUGUACUGAAGCUAACUGAUGAUAGCCAGCUCGUUAAUUAUGGUUUUCAGUCCUCAUACCAUAAAUCAGUGUUAAAUAUUAAACAUAUUAAAAAUGAUGCAACUUUUUCUUUUUUUUUUUUCUUUAAGUAUUUGUUGUGUCUCUUGUCGCUGAGGGAGUAGGUAGGUGUAGACCCACCUAGAUUUACCGACUUUGAGUUUUAGAUUAACCUAUUUAUUGAUGUUGCUCACAAAUGUCUUUAAAUGAUUUGUGAGUUUGCACACUGCAUCCGUUUUCUUUGUAAAAUAGUAUGGUAACCAGCUUUGGCAUAUGACUGUUAACCUGACAAAAUGCAGAUGUAAUUAUUAGUGAAUAUCUCUUUCAAGUAAUAUGUCAUUGCACCUUUGUUAUGAUUAUGUAGCAAAUGUGAUUUUGUGUUUCCGGGGCAAUGAAAGGCCGAGGAAGGAUGUAUUAUUGCACUUAUUUUAUAUUGAUUAUUGGUACAUCUUUGGGCUAAUUUUAUUUAUUUUUUAAGAGAUUUUUUUUAUGUUGGUUAGAGGAAAAACAAACAAGCAAACAAAAAAACCCAACAACUAUAUUUUCAACUACAAAAGCCUAAACUCAUUAACUUUUUUUAAGUAACUGAACAAUUUCUUUGGGCUGUUCCUAAUGACUUUUGUUCUUUAAAGAUUUUUAUGAUUGCGAGACCGUCUGACUGAAAUGCCAGAAGUACUUGACCAGUCAAAAUUUUUCAGUGCUCCAAGCCUCACCCACAGUGUUCCCACAGUUACUGUCCAAGAGCAUUUACAUUAGCAUUCAUAUGAAUAAGCAUUAAACUGUGAGCCUUACCCCUUAUCUUUUGGGUUGGUAGGAAGAAACAAUCUUAUGACAUCCUGGGUUCAGAUAUUUGUGAUUGUGAUCAUUUUACAUAAUCUCAAAUGAUUACUUUUUUUUAGUACAAACUUAGGUGUAUGCUGUUUUGUGACUGCAUUACUGUGCCUGCAUUUGGGAUCUUGUGCAUGUGUACGCACAUGAACGGGGAUCACAUGCAAUCAGAACAGACAAAUAGCCCAUUCACUCUGCCAGCAGGCUUACCUCUGUGCGGCAACAAGAAGAGGGACUGGUUGUCGUUAUCUUCUGCUAAUGAAUCCAAGUGUGCAUACCGUCCUGAGCUCUAAAUUUGUGAGGAAUUACUUUUACGAUGAGCUAUGGAGUCUUCUUUUAUGCGUUUGAUUAGCUAGAGAAAUUCUAGCUUUAUACGUUUUAUCUAAACUACCAAAGAGAGUUCAGUAGAUGUUCGUGGAUAUUUUUCCACUUUUCUCUAGUGUAUAAAAGAUAAAUGCUUGUGAGUUUUACUCAAAGUUUGUUUGGGGUGGGUCGGCGAUGCCUUGCGUGCAUGAAUAUGACUGUUUCUCAGACUACUGAGAUAUAUCGUUGCCUUGAUAGGAACACGAUUUUAAACUGUUGGGAAAUUAUUUCCUCUAACAGCUAGAGAGGGCUCUGUUUAUUAACACUUGGCUGUUUUUGGAAGGCACAAACUGUCAAUUGUACACACGUACAGAAAUGAAAACGUCAGGUCCACUGUGGAGUAAUCUGAACCACACGACUUGUGAAAUAUAUUUGCAAAUUAUACAUAUAUUUCACAUGUUCACUUUUUUCAUUGUUAAUCUGUUCUGUACAAUCAAAUUAACCAGGAGUGAAAACAUGACUGAGAACUGUUUUUUAAUGUUGUUUUAUUUAUUUUUUUUCUUUUGCAUGUAUUCGUUCAUGUGUGCUUGUUGUGUAUGAGAGUUUACAGAUAUGUCAGGAUGCGACCAUUGGCUGAAUUUGGACUGUUUAAGAUUUUCCAGCAAGGGUGCUAUUGAAGCUUUUCCCCCUUGUUCAUUGCUUUAUUAGCUGCACUUCCCUCAAGUGUUUCCCCUCUGUCUUUUGUGAGUGUAUGUGAGUAUGAAGUAUUUUGGUGGUAGAUAGAUUCACAUGUUGUCUUUAAAUACUGUAACCUGCGAAGCAAUGCCAAAUAUUGUAAUCUUUCCUGUUUUUGGUUCACUCUCUAAACAAGUGUACAGAAUUGCCGUACUGAAUGUUUGAUUGUUAAACUAUACAAAUUUCUUUUCUACUCACUUUCUUUUCUUCUGUUCUUGUAAAGUGAUAAAUGUUGCGCAAUCUAGGUAGGAUUAGCAGCAUGCUUACUGAUUAAAAAGACUGAAGUUUUUUUCUGGAUAUUUCUGUUGAAAUGUUUCUGCUGUAAACACAAUUUCUGAAUACUGAUGGGUUUGAAUUUGAGGUAAGAAGUUGACUUCUUUAAAAGAUACUAUAAAACGUAAAGGUACAGUUUCGUAAAGUUAAGCGUGUAAUGGUGACACAUUCGUGGUCAUGCGCACACAUUCAGUUUGUCUUGUGGGAAAAUAAUCACUUCCAUGUUCUCAAGGACAUGACACUGGUGACUAUGAGGAACAACUAUGCCAUGCUGGGUAAGAUUUUAAAGAACUAGAGGAAAUGUGGCCGCUACAGCUGGUUUAGGAAGUCAUUUGUAGCUUAAAUGCAGCAUUCUUCUAUGAGAGAGAGGAAAAGAAUUGUUGUUGGGCACAAUAGUAAAUGAGCACAUACUUCACCUGCAACAGACUGAUUAGUAAACUCAGAAAGAUCAUGAAAAUGUAUGCAGUAGAUGCAAAGAAAGAAAACUAAAAUGACUCUGAACAUCCAGAAGCUUAUAUCCAUUUCUUUGGCUGUAAUCAAAGCGCAUUUGAAUAAAUUUCAAUGUCUUUAUGAGCAUACUGCGUCUUCGUCUUUUGUCCUCAUGAAGUCACGUACUUUAAUGGAUAAAAGUGUCAUUUAUUGGGUUUUUUCACUUGGACAAACGAAUCGUUUGUCGUGGAAAAGGUUAAUGAUAAAGUGAUUUGUUCGAUUCCCAUCACAGGAAGGAUUCCGCUAUGACCGAAAAGGCAAAGAUAGUGUUAGCAUGUUGGUCUUUCUAUAGUUAGUGAGGAGUACAACUACCUUUUGAAAUGGUGGUGAAGACAUAUUCUUGAUUUCCAAAUCACUUAUGUUUUAGGAUCUCACUUAACUGUAAUUUACCAAUCUUAGCUUUUUAUUUUUAGUUUAAAAUGAUUAUUUUCCCCUUGAUUUGGCCCUGCAUGUGUCAUCUACAUUACCCUCUUGUAGUCUGAUAGUGUAAUCAGCAAAUUAGGGCUGACCCACAUUUAAAACAUUUUUUUUUUCCUUGUAAAUUACUCGUCUGUUAUCAUCAUUGUUAUGGAGGGUUUUCUUUCCCCGGAAAAUCAUCAAGAUCAUUUUAUCGUCCUGCUUUAGUCAAAACAGGCAGUGUCAUUAAAGGCUGACUUAUGAUGCAGCUGUUUUAAGAAACUGAUUAUUUCAAAUACACAGGAGGAACUUGAGCACUGUAAGUGAGGUGUAUUCUUGCCCACAAUGAACGCUGAAUAAUGCAUGGAAUGAACAAUGGGACCAAUGUAAGUUUCAGAUUGAGAAAAUAGGGCCACUCCAUUUAAAAAAAAAAAAAAAAAAUGCAAGAUAUUUUAUAUGCCAAAGGUGUUGAAUUCCUGAUGAGGUUUGUGCGAGAUGUUAGCUUUUGUGAAUCAUGAAUGUUGAGAUAAUUUUAAUGUUUUUUGCUGUUGGUGGACGUGAGGUUCUUCGGAUUUACUCACUGCUUUGUGGCCUAGCUUGUU